CCUUCCCUUCCCUUCCCUUCCCUUCCCUCCCGGGGCCGCACGCCCCGUUCGAGGCGGGGGCAGCCGCCACCACCCGGCGGCUUUAAAUGCGGGGCGGCGGGACGGGCAGGCAGGAGGGCACCAUGCGGCGGCCGCUCGGCAUCCUCGGCUGCUGCCCGGUUCUCCUGCUCCUCCUGCUGCUCCUGCAGCCCGGGGCACGGAGCGUCCCGCACCGCCUCCGCCGGCAGCCGCUGGGCAGCGGCUUCUCCGGGAGCCACGGCGCGGCAGACUCUGCUUGCAAGAACCGGCCCCUAGACCUUGUCUUCAUCAUAGACAGCUCCCGUAGUGUCCGACCUGAAGAGUUUGAGAAAGUGAAAGUCUUUCUGUCAAAAAUGAUCGACACUCUGGACGUUGGUGAAAGAACAACCCAUGUGGCAGUGAUGAAUUAUGCCAGCACCGUCAAGGUAGAGUUUCCGCUCCGGACCUACUUUGAUAAAGCCUCUAUGAAGGAGGCCAUCUCUCACAUUCAGCCUUUGUCUGCUGGCACGAUGACUGGCCUUGCCAUCCAAACUGCCAUGGAUGAAGUCUUCACUGAGGAGAUGGGUACCCGGCCAGCAAGCUUCAAUAUCCCCAAGGUGGUCAUUGUUGUGACAGAUGGACGGCCACAAGACCAGGUUCAAGACGUGGCAGCGAGCGCCCGGGCAGCUGGCAUUGAGAUCUACGCAGUUGGGGUAGAUCGUGCCGACAUGCAGUCCCUGAGGGUGAUGGCCAGCGAGCCACUGGAUGAACACGUCUUUUAUGUGGAGACCUAUGGUGUGAUCGAAAAGCUGACAUCCAAGUUCAGAGAGACUUUCUGUGCUGCGAAUACAUGUGCGCUUGGGACCCAUGACUGUGAGCAGGUCUGCGUGAGUAACGGUGGAUCCUACCUCUGUGAUUGCUUUGAAGGCUACACGCUGAAUCCAGAUAAGAGAACUUGCUCAGUUGUGGAUGUGUGCGCACCUGGGAAGCAUGAAUGUGAUCAGAUCUGCGUGAGUAACAACGGGUCCUAUGUCUGUGAAUGCUAUGAAGGCUACACCCUGAAUCCAGAUAAAAAGACUUGCUCAGCCAUGGACUUGUGUGCACCUGGAAGGCAUGACUGUGCACAAGUCUGUCGGAGAACUGAUGGAUCCUACAGCUGCGACUGCUUUGAAGGAUUCACUCUGAAUCCAGAUAAGAAGACUUGCUCAGCUGUCGACAUGUGUGCACCUGGGAGGCAUGACUGCGAGCAGGUCUGUGUGAGAGACGAUCUCUUCUAUACCUGUGACUGCUAUCAGGGCUACAGCCUGAACCCAGACAAGAAGACGUGCUCAAGAAUUGAUGUAUGUGCUCGAGGAACCCAUGACUGCGAGCAGGUCUGUGUGAGCAACGAGGCGUCGUACACCUGUGACUGCUAUGAAGGCUUUACCCUAAAUCCAGAUGAGAAAACAUGCUCAAGAGCCUCAACAAGCAGUCUUGUAACAACUGAGGAGGCCUGUAAGUGUGAAGCCAUAGCUGCACUGCAGGACUCGGUCACUUCACGCCUCCAAGCUCUGUCCACAAAACUAGACGAAGUGUCUGAGAAGCUGCAAGCAUAUCAAGAGAGACAGCAGGUUGUCUGAGCUAUUGUUCUACUUAGAUCCCAAAAUGAUAUUUGAGAAGCAAUUAUUUUUUAUUGUGUUCAGCAAGCUUUAAUUUUUGCACAGCUUACAGAACAGCAUUUGGUUUGUUAUUAUUGACAAGUGUCAAGAAGACUUCGGGAAGAUAACCCUCUUGAAAAUAUACCCUGAGGAUCUUCGUGUACGGUCACUUUGUAACCAUAAAGCUACCCAUACCUGCUGAGCUUUGGGCUGUACUGCAAGUAGUACAGCAGGUACCAUCAUUCUGCAGUAACUGCAUUUUUAUUCUCUUAUUUAAAAGUAAAUACAGGAAAGAAAGGAAUGGAAAAGUACUCACAUCAUAUAAAACUGUGAAAUGACUAGGCAGAGUAAAAAACGUGCCUCUGGCAUUUGUCCAUUAAAAUGAAAAGUACUUCAUGGUCUUGUAACUUAUUUUAAUAAAAUAAAGUAUGAUCAGCACACUGAUGUUCUUUUUUUUAAUAUAUACAACUUAAAGUAUGCGUGUUAUGAAAUAAACAGUUUAACAAAGACAAGGAAACAAAACUUCUAAGAUAGAAGAGGCACAAAUGGAAGAAAUCUGAAUAAUUAAACAGGACACUCUUCUUGACUCACACAAUUGGAAAAAGAACACUUUGAUUUUGAAACCUACAACUCCUUGUUACUGUUGAUAAGAGGGUUAAUAGUUAUUUCAAAGUUGUUCUACAUUUGGAAGGAUGAAAUACAUGCUGCAGUUUAAGGUUUUUAUCCUGCAAGAUUUACUUACGUUAGCAAUCAGUCAUUCCUGUUGUCAUUCCAGACUUUCCUGGUGCCAGCUGGGCUUGCAGAAGCUGACAAUUUACAAAUUUCACUGUUAAAGGAAAUCCACUUAUUCAGCACACUUGCAUGUGUAAUCAUGCAAAUAAAUCACAAUCACAAUUUUGUAUGUAAUCAUACAAAAUAAAUCACAUGAAAUAUUAAAUCAGUAGAUGGUACACCAAGGACAUAUUAUAACAACAGUUGUGCUCAUGUCAUACCCUGCACGUUGUACAUACAAACUAUUUCAAGGAAAAUCAGGCAGGAGUUCACUUAGGGAGCACAUCCAAUUAGGGAUGAAUACUGCUGACAUGGAGGUUCUCCUAGUUAAUGCCUUUUUUGUGAUGUGUCUCCACUGAUAUUAAUUUGUUGCCAUUCAAUUACAGUCAGCAUGGGACAACCUAGCUGUGCAAUAGAUGCUUCCUCAAAGAGCUGUACGUGCAUAUUUUUUCUGUAACUCGUGGAGUUUUAUAUCCAGCACUUUACUUUGCUUAUUUUCAUGUCCUCAGCUUGAACAUGGGUAUUAUAUAAAGAUUUAUGGGACCAGAAGUAUGCCUUGGCCUCUGUAAUUGGUAAGAAUAAACAAGUUAUAAAUCUAA